AUGUCUCUCAAGGCCACGUGUAUCGUCGAGGGAUGGAGUCCAGGUUCCAUGCAUACUUUUCUUAUUGUACAAACCGUCACGCAUCAUGCCCUGCCGGUUUCACAUUGUUGGAAUUUUGGCAGCGUCAUGGUCGACCUUGGGUUUCCUCCCUACAUGCACAUGCAGUACUGCUCCGUCGACGGACGUGUACGAUCGUUAAUUAAAGACAGUGGGUCCCUUCCCUUACAGCCACGCCCUGACUCUAGUCGAAUUUGGGCUGCUCUCAUUGGGAUCGACGGGUAUUCGACCUACCCAUUGGACGGUUGUGUGGAGGAUGCCUUAGCAAUGGCGGACUACCUCGUCAAAGACCUCGCCGUGCCUAAGGGGAGAAUCCAACUUCUUCUUGGACCGAGGAACAAUAGUAACGCAUCAGCCGAAGCAUCUUUCAUCCCCUCCCGCAGAAAUAUUCUGUCCCUCCUUCGCAGUCUCAUCAACAACGAUGAGAUCAAGCACGGUGAUCCCAUCAUCAUCUUCGCCGCUGGACAUGGCUACCGCUAUCCAGUGUCAGAAGACGACCACGACAAUGACUCUGAUUACGGUGGGGAGGAAAAUGACUCUGAUUACGAUACGGAGCAUGACUGUAAAUCCCCUCCAAAAUUUGUUGAGGCAUUUUGUCCCAUAGACCGCGAUACCCUUGACAGCAGUGACGAUCCUAUUCCUGAUAUUAGCGACUGGGAGCUCAACACCAUCCUCUCUGAACUCUCCCGUGCCAAAGGGCAUCGCAUCACCGUCCUUCUAGACUGCUGUCAUGCUGGAAGCAUAACCCGAACAUAUUCGAGAGAGCGGGCUGCUCCCCCGCCGAAAUAUACCUCGCUUGAGGACAUGCUCCGUGCUGCUGAAGAAGGCCUUACGGACCUCCUUGGUCGUCAGACCCUCUUCUCAAAGGACUGGGUCCCGGACAUGGAUUCCCAUGUUAUGGUAGCAGCGUGCAAAGAGAACGAGCGUGCGCAAGCAUGUCUCCGAAGAAAGGAGGACGGUACAAAGGUGUGGCGUGGUGUCUUCACGAGUUUGCUCAUCAAAACUCUGAGGUCAGGUGUGUUGAAAGAAGGAGCAACAUACGUGCAUCUCGGUAAGGCUCUGCUACGUCGCCAGCUCCGGCGCCGUCCUCAGACACCACUCCAGACACCAAAUGUCGCAGGGCGGCGCCAAAAUAUGCGCCUUUGGUAUCAGGAUUGA